AUGCCCAAGCGCAAAGCCAACUGGUGGCCCUCGAGCAUCCUCUCGGACCCGGACGUGCUGAGCAUGGACGACGAAGGGCGUUUCGUGCUGUGCAAGAUCUGCCACGUGCACUACGCCGUGCACGGCGGCAAGAAGCCCAAACCCGUGAUCAUGAACUCGAACUUUCGCACGCGGGCGUGGGACGUGCACAAGGAGCGGACCAACUCGCACCGUCUGCAGAAGCGACAGCAGCAACAGCAGCAACAGGAGCAGCAACAGCAGCAGCAACAGGAGCAGAAACAGCAGCUGAAGAAGGCGCCGACGACACAGGAACAGGUGGUGCAAACGGCAGCAACCACAGCGCAGUCUCUGCACGACAACGUGCUGGAGCCAGUGCAGCAGCGACAGCAACAGGUGCGUGUGCAGCCGAACUCACCGGUCCAGAUACAGUCUCAGACUCGGACGCCAUCGCUGGCUGGAGCGGUGCAUACGGCUCAGAAUCGAGCGCAGACACCAGUGCCGACACAGGGUUUGAUUCGGUCACAUAGCGGGACACAAGUGUCGCAGCAGCGACGACAGCGACAGCAGCAGCUGCAGCAACUGCAACGAUUACAGGACAGUGACGACACUGACGACGCUGGUCAUGACCGGCUGCAAGUAGCUGCUCGAGAGUGUGCUGCUGAGAAGCCAGUUAGUCCAAGAUUGCAGGCCACGCCAGCAGUAGACGCUGUCAGCGUUUGCAGUAGCGGACCACUGCCCAGCAACAAACGGUCCGCUGCAGCGAUGCCUCUCGGUGCACCAAUCUCGAGACGUCGUGCGUUUCGAGCUGGAUCGCCUCGAUCGCCAAGGCACGUCAUUGCAGACUUGGCUGUACACUCGCACGAGAAGCACUCGUUCAUGGUGCCUGGUUCUGUGAGCCGAGCAAAGGGGUCACCAGCACCCAGCGAACACGCAAUAGCGAUGGAGCAGCAGGCUGAUAGCUCAGCGCGAUGGCGCCACAUGCACGACGACGUGAGCCGUGCACUGAGUCCCUCGCCCCGAAGGCGGCAACAGGGACCGGCUUCGUACACGAGCGGCGAAUUACGUGCAGCUAAGACACUGGUUCAGACGGAAACAGGCGACCUGGGCGGCAAUAACAGCGAGAGAGUGGCAAAGAAGCUCCGGUCGCUCAAUGCCGAGUAUCACGCUAGUAACAUGCGGUACGCAGACGCUUACAACAUGCGCCAUACGUUUGACAUCUUGGACCGCAGUAGUGCUGGCUACAAGGAGUAUUGGGGUACGCUGCGCGACGUCUACACUUCGUCUGGCGUAAGUGGCGCUGGUGCGGGUUCCGGCAUGUCGUACCGCAAGUCGUACCACCGCGGCAACCCGUCCGCCAAGUCGACCCAAGAGUGCACGGAGGCUGAAGCUGAGACCACGACCCCGGAAGACUCUGGUUCCAGUGAAGAUGCCUUCAAGCCGGCUGUGGUUGUGCACGACACGUCGCUUAUCAACGCCAUUGAGAAGUUGACCGAUGCUGCUUCCAAGCAGAUUGCGAAUCUGUACGAGCAGAAAGCGACGGGCACGAGAGAGGCGCUAACGGGUCUGACACUGGUGAUGACGGACUUGCGCGUGCAAUGCGGCCAAGCGUUCGAGCGCAUGAUCGAGUUGCAGGAGAAAAAUCUGAAGGUGAUGGGAAGCAUCUUGGACGUCAAGUUGCGCAAGGAAGCAGCACGAAAUGCAAGAACCGGCUGCAGUGACAACGAACUCAGUAGCGCGGGCAGCACAGGGACCGGUUGCGAGAGUAUAGGGCUCACGUGA